CCCGGAAGUACUUCAAGUUUUCUUUUCCAUUAGUCAACUUUUCUUUUUACGAUAAUGACAUAUUUGAGUUAUGAUAUAUGAUAAUUGUGGAAGUAAACAAAUAUUUGUAUUGUACAUACAAUUGUGACCAGGUUUGAGUAGCUGUUUAGCUUGUUGGAGGUCCAAAAAGCUUGCGAAGUGCAGAGGUCAAAACGGGUCAAUCAGUGCAAAACCACCAAAACAUGGCAGCACACACGGACACCUAUUUAUUACAAAUUUGCCACGUUUGCAGUAGAAAGAUGAGCAUUUAUCUGACUCUAGCACUAGUUUUUCAGGUAAUUCACGUACAUGCGAUCCCAGAGGACCCGUUGAUGACCUAUGAUCAAUGGUAUUCUGCAGGGACAGCAGCAUACACCAAGGAAAAAUGGGUGUCAGAUUGUGUACGUCGAUGUAAGAAGCGUGUCUUCGAAGAACGUCCCGAUGGCACGGCUUCCAAAGAAGUUGAAGAGGCAUUUGAAUCAUUAAAACCAUAUGACUACCUCCAGCUUUGCUAUUACAAGAUUGACAACCUAGAGCAAGCCAUAGCAACAGCCUAUACCUUCCUACUUGGUAACCCAGAGCAUGAGCCUAUGCGACGCAACAUUGAAUAUUACAGAAAGAUGCCUGGUGUCAAGCUGGAUUGGUUCAAAGAUAUAGAGCUUAAAACAUACCAGGCAUAUUACUUACAAGCCCUUGAUCACUACAAGAAAGACGAAUGGCUGAUGGUGCUAGAAAAUAUGGAAAAGGCUCUACAAAAUUAUUACAAGGAACAUGAGCAAUGUGCUGCUCUGUGUGAAGAAAAAUAUGACCAUGAAUCAUUCCCAGAAUUCUACAAUGCUAUAUCAGACCACUACAUCAGUGUAUUGAAGUGUAAGAUGAACUGUCCAGUCAAGAUGGGAAGGGUGUAUGGUAAACCCAACAAACACUACCUAGCAGACCAUUUCCACUAUUUGCAGUUUGCCUAUUACAAAGUGGGUAAUAUUGAGAAAGCUGCACAGGCUGUUGCAUCAUUCCUUCUCCUCAAGCCCGAUGAUGACACCCAGUUCCGCAACAAGAUAUACUACCUCACACAGGAGAGCAUUUCAGAGACACAUUUUACACCCAGACAGGAUCUGAUGAAGUUCCAUUUAGAGCAAACACAAAUGUCUCAGUUGCUAAGAUACGCAGAGAAACAUUAUAUCAGUGCUGACUCGGAAAUGGAGGAAAAGGACUACCCAGAGGAAGUACCCCCCAGGAACAGAGGCGUUAACCCAGAGGACCUUAUCAAGACUUAUCCAGUAGACCCUGAGGGUAUCAAGGAGUAUGAAGGGCAUGGUGUGAAGAUCAUUGGAGAUGAAGUUUUACUCAAUGGCACUGAAAGGUUUGCAGCUGAUGGCAUUUUGACUGAGGACCAAUGUAACACCCUCAUAGAGCUUGCACAGAAAGCAACAAUUGGCGAUGGAUAUAAAUCAUUAAACAAACCAGGGACGUCACCUCAUACAAGUCAUGAGAUAUUUGCAGGACUCGAUGUUACUAAGGCUUCUGAGCUUGCUCAGAAUGCAGAUGUUGAUCCUGAGUGGGUACAGCUGUAUUUAGAUGUGGCUGACAAGGCAAGGGAUCUUGCAAGGAAGUAUUUUGUUGGCGAUAAACCACUUUACUUUGACUUCACCCAUCUAGUCUGCAGAACUGCAUUGGAAGGAGGAAUAAACAGAGAGGAUCUAAGCCACCCUAUACAUGGGGAUAACUGUCUGUUACUCCCUGAUGGAACUUGUAAGAAAGAGAGACCAGCAUAUGUACAGAGAGACUACAGUGCUUUGGUGUACUUGAAUGGCGACUUUGAGGGAGGAAACUUCAUGUUCAACUACCCCAAUAAAACAAUUCAGUCUGAAGUGAAGCCAAAGUGUGGAAGAAUAGUCUCAUUCAACGCAUCAAACUUGCACGGUGUGCAGCCAGUUAUUAAAGGCAAACGCUGUGCCGUUGCAUUAUGGUUCACUCUGGACUCCAACUACCGUGAAGCGGCACAUAUUAUCGCCCGCAGCAUGCUGAAAAGUAUUUCAAAGAAACCCACUGGACCCAAGGUUAUUAGCCACACUGAACUAUAGUUGGUGAUAAUUGGGAAAUGUCACCAACAUACUACGCAUUUAUUUAAGGUGUUACCAUUGCUGAGAUUUAUGGGUGAAGUGCACCACCAUUGCUAAGAAUUGUGGGUACAAUGCACAGGAAUAUUACUGAAACAUUUUGAAUGCUCAAUUUUAUUCAUUUUUGUUCUUAAAUAUGCUCUGUUUUUAUACUAAACUACAGCCAUAACAUGACGUAAUUAAUGUAAAAGUUGAUUUAGGUAGCAAGAGUGGUGAAAGUUCUUGGAUGGAAACUGUUUUGAUAAGUUGGAUUAGUUGUUAUCUGGUUGUUAUGGCAUCAAAAUCCCACUUAUAAUUUCUUUAUUAGCAAUGACUGAAAAUAGUGAAAGUUCAAUUAUUUUUACCGGUAUUUCUCAAUAAUUAUAUGUGAGUGAUUUUAGACUUUUAUUAUGGCAUUUGAGCUAUAUGUCAGAGUAAACUGCGCAUAGAGAAACAUAAACAUUCUAACAUUUAGAUAUACAAUACAACAAUGACAUACUAAUACUAGUCACUACAAACUAUGAUUGAAUUGAACUGAACCAUCCUAAACCAUUCAAUCUACCUAGGGUAACUUUUCAUUAUGGAUACUAAUAAUUGAAUGCUUGUAUCGGUUAGAAAAGAAACAUUUCCACUUUCCAGUGAUAAAAUAGUUUUGUUUCUGGUUGCUGGGUGGUUCAAUAGUUAUCAAAUAUAAACUGUGGUACAGCAUUUGGUGAUUAGGGAAGAAUAUACCUUGCAAUAAAUUGGAUGGGUUCCAUUGGUGGAUCCAGAAGCUAACAAGUGGGGGGGGCAAAUUUUGAGUCAGCUAAACAUUUUCCCUUAAAAUCAAAAAUUGGGCCCUAAUGUUGAAAAUUUAAGGCCCAUUUUUUGAUAA